UUGUGGUAGUGUGAACAACAGCGGCAGUUGGCUUGUGACGGUCAAGCAGAAAUUUAAGCGAAGUCAAUCAAUGAGAUCAAGUUAGCUACCUAUGAUAUUUUGUAAAAGAUAAGUGGUAUGGAGAGUGAAAUGACCUAAAUAAAGCUACAAAAUCUGUUAUUAAAAAAGGAGAUAGAAUCAAUGGGCGUAGACAUUACAGAGAAUGUGGAAUUCUUGGAUACGCAAAUCAAUGGCAUUGCAAGUCAAAGCACUACAGGGUGAAGUCGAGGAUUUUGAGGGUCGUGCACGUCGUAACAACUUAAGGUUUACCGGAUUCCCGGAAGGCUCGGAACAAGAUUUUGAAAACUUCAAAAGCUUCAUCGUAAAAUACAACAGGACCUAUGAAAUUGGUUCCAGUGAAUACAACAAACGGUUUUCUAUAUUCAAGGAAAGUGUUGAAAGACAGAAGAAACUGAACAGCAAAAGGCAACAUCCAGAUGAUGCUAAGUAUGGUGUGAACGCUUUUUCUGAUUUAACUCCAGAUGAAUUUGCUGAACACUAUCUUGGUAUUUACCAACGAGUACCAGCAUCAACGAGCUCUGGUUAUGUACCUUCAUCAAAAGAGGUUGAUAAAAUACCAUCUAAAUUUUCAUUAGAGGGUAAGGGUGUUUUGACUUCAGUACGUGACCAAGGUGCGUGUGGAGGAUGCUGAUGGAAGUGGCAUAAGCGGUUUUCGGCAUCAA